AUGGCUUCUCAGGAUCUCCCCACCCACCUCAAGCAGUCGCUCGAGGACACCAAGGUCGAGUACCGCCAGCUGGGGAAUUCAGGUCUACGAGUGUCUGUUCCAAUCUUUGGCUGCAUGAGUCUAGGAGACAAGAAAGUGCUCCCUUGGACCAUUGAAGAAGAAGAGGCUCUACCACUUCUCAAGGCUGCGUAUGACCGCGGGCUGAACACAUGGGACACGGCCAAUGUGUACAGCAACGGCGCCUCCGAAGUGAUUGUGGGCAAGGCUCUCAAGAAGUACAACAUUCCCCGCCACAAGGUUGUGAUUCUCACCAAAGGCUUCUUCGCAGUGGGUGAAGAUGCCGGCACCCGCCACGUUGAGCAGCGCGCGGCCGUCGAAGCCUCCAAGGACUACCAGAACAACUUCGGCCUCUCGCGCGCGGCUCUCUUCAACCAGGUGGAGGCGUCGCUCCGGCGUCUGGACACCCCCUACAUCGACCUGUUCCAGAUCCACCGCUUCGACCGCGCCACGCCCAUCGAGGAGACGAUGAAGGCGCUGCACGACCUGGUGCAGUCGGGCAAGGUGCGGUACAUCGGCGCCAGCAGCAUGUGGGCGACGCAGUUCGCGCGCAUGCAGUUCGCCGCGGAGCGCAACGGCUGGACCAAGUUCGUGAGCAUGCAGAACCAGUACAGCCUGCUGUACCGCGAGGAGGAGCGGGAGAUGAACCGCUUCUGCGACGACACGGGCGUCGGGCUGAUCCCCUGGGCGCCGCUGUGCAGGGGCCACCUGGCGCGGAGGCCGGCCGAGUUUCGGUCCACGACGAGGAGCGCGGGGGAGAAGGAGGGGCGGGUUGGGCAGACGGAGGAGGACCAGAAGAUCAUCGCGAGGGUGCUGGAGAUUUCGGAGAAGCGCGGCUGGCCGAUGGCUCAUGUGGCGCUGGCGUGGGUGAACAAGCGGGUGUCGAGCCCGAUCAUUGGGUUCAGCAGCCUGGAGCGCCUAGAGCAGGCCAUUGGGGCGACGGGCAAGGCUCUCUCGCAGGAGGAGGAGGCAUAUCUUGAGGAGCUGUACCGGCCCAAGGCCAUUGAUGGGCAUGCGUAG